AUGGCGUCCUUCACAGCUCUGAGUACUUCUCGACACAGGAAAGAAACAAAAUCGUAUGUCAAGUCUCAUGAAAGUGAUGCCGCCGUAUCCCAUGUUUCAUCCAUUUCUCCAUUCAAGCAGGGAGUCCACGACGAGAAUGGGCUGUUCAAUUACAUUCCGAAGUCGCUGGAAAUACGCUCAUCCGAUGAGGCUGGUCGAGGAAUAUGGACGAAGGCAACCCUCAAUAUAGGAACCACAUUGUUGUCUUGCAAACCCAAGCUAGCAGCAUUAUCCAACACAUAUCUGGAUUCCCAUUGCUCCGCUUGCUUCAGGCCGACUCCUCCAACGGCCCUGCAGAGGUGCACACAGUGCACAACAGUGUGGUACUGCGAUGCUGACUGUCAAAACCGUGAUUGGAGCUUCCACAAGCUUGAAUGUAUCGCCCUGAAACGUUGGGCAGCUGCGGCCCCAUCUGCAGAGGCGUCCAUCCCGAACGACGCGAUUCGAUGCCUUGGUCGUCUGCUUUGGAAAAGAAAGAAGGCAGGCGCGAGCAGCGAUUGGGCUAGGGAGAUCAACGCUAUGCAGUCUCACCGCUCUUCGACUCUGCAACCAUCUACUACCGAAUUUCACACGCACUUGGCCCACUCAAUUGUGCAGUACCUCGGGCUUUUGUCCCCCACUGACCUCGCUGAGUUCGACAUUGCUUCUGCUGCGGAUUUGGUGGACGUCAUAUCACGAUUCACUACAAAUUCGUUCACUCUUACUUCACCAUCGCUCACGCCUUUGGGAGUAUGUGUCUCACCGGCAGUUGCCUUGAUCAACCAUUCUUGUGAUCCCAAUGCCGUGGUUGUAUUUCCUAGAUCGUCUGGGAGCGUAGCUCAGGAGCCACUCAUGCAAGUUAUUGCCAUCAAACCCAUUGCUGCCGAUGAAGAGAUCUUGACGUCGUAUAUUGACACCACGUUGCCCAAGUCUCAACGGCAACAAUUCCUGUUGGAGACGUACAGCUUCACUUGCAAAUGUAAUCUGUGCGAAAAUGAGGGAAAGAGUGAUAGUGUCGAUCCAAGAAUCGCAAUAUGGUGCCCGAAAGCUUGUGGUGGGACUUCUCCACUACCAGUCACUGAUACCGAUAUUGUAAGGUGCAGCAAGUGCAAAGCGGUGGUAACAUCGACCGACGCUGUGAUUGACGCCGCUCGUGUAGGCCAAGAGGCUCUCGAUAAAGCAACAGCGCUCCAAUUCAGAGAUCCAGAGAAAUCCAAACAGCUCACCAACAACCUGAUACCUAUUCUUUUGUCCACUAGUUUGACGCCGUCAACCCAUCCGCUGCUCGGGCUGUCUCGCCUACAACAAUCCCUUUUAAUCUCGUCGCUACCCUCCUUGUCAUCACUAACCGGUAGCCAGGAAGAGCGCAAGGCAGCACAAGACCUCCUUGAUGAUGCCAUCCGCUCCGCGAGUCGUUCUGUAUCUGGCCUCACUGCCGUAUUAAAUGAAGGCCAUCCCGUUCGAGGCAUAGCGCUCACUCAGCUCGGAAAAUUGCUUGCCGUUGACGAACCCUCUCCAAAAGAGGUCCAGCAGCCCGGUGACGCACACCCGCAUUUCUUCACCAAGGCGGCGCCUUUUCCUCCUUCAGGCCCACCGCGGCUUAAGCUUGCGUACACUACGCUCAUGAGAGCAAGAGAGGAACUGUUGAUUGGAUUCGGGAAAUCGAACGACGGUGGGGAGGUCGGGAAAGAUGUUAGGGAGGCGUUGGUGGCUAUUGAGAAGGAACUUGGCGUAUGGAAGCAGGGCGUACAAAAUGUGAUUCAAGAUCAACCGAAGCCAGAAAAGCGUUGA